UUUGAUUUUCAACUGGGUUUUUUCUCCGCAGCACGUUGCAGUACAGUUUGUAUAGAUCUGUAUAUAUCUGUAUCAGGCGUCAUAUAAGCUUUAGGGGAUAUAAACGUGGUAGAAGCCUGCUGCCGUCACAUCUCAAUCAGGAUCGGACUAUAUGGGCUGACAGAUAUACUAUAGGCCUACAUAUCCAUCAACGUCGACAGUAACCGUCUGGUCUCGAGAGGAUCCGGUCAUUUGUCUGUCAGCAAAGGUUUAAGUCAUCUCACAGACAACGAUUUUUUCCCUGACAUUUUGUUUUUUUCACGCAUGUGAUCGACCCACACCGUAUAGCGGUUUAUUUGUUAAAACGUGUAGGCCAACCCCAGACAUCGGUUUCACGAACACUUUCGCCCGGACUGGGUUGAAAAUAAAAUAUCUGAUGGAAACACGGGCUACAUGCAGCCCGUGAUCGAGUUUUGAAACCGUUCCGUAUAGAACAUCCGCGAGCACCCGUCACCAUGCAGACGUUUAUCUGUGCAUGCCUUGGCUCCAUCUGGUGGAUUUGCAUCACAGGAGUAGUGCCAUCCGCUCAGAACAGAUAUUUUGAUGUGGGCAAUUCCUCUGCAGAUCCUGGAUUCGACCUCCUGUUCACCUCCAAUUUACAGGAAGUCGGUGACGUCCACAUACACUUUCAAAAUCCUCUCCCUUCAUGGCUGAAAGGGACUUUGAUCCGUAACGGACUCGGUCGCUUUGAGUUUGGCCCUCGGCAUGUCAAACACGCAUUUGAUGGCUUCUCCAAGCCAUGCGCCUGGAAGUUUUACGGAAACGGGUCGGUGACAUUUUCCACUAAAUUUCUCUAUAGUGACUCCUACAACGCUUCUCUGGCUAAGGACGACAUAGCUCCCUACUUGAUGUUUCAAGGCGUGGAGCCGCCUUUCAAUGAAGUCGAAAAACUCGAGGCUCUUGUGCACGGCCUUGACAAUAUGAACGUUAACGUAUAUGACUUCUACAACAGCUUUGAAAAUAAAUCCGAGUACAUGGCCAUUAAUGACUUUUGGAAGAUUUACCAAAUUAACCUCACAAAUCUAGCCACCAUCGGACCAAUCAACGCACAGCUACCAAACAACCCUGGAUCCAAAACUCUGGAAUUCCUCUCCUUCCUGUCGUCUUCUCACCCGCUUCCGGAAAUGGGGACCAGCUACCACAUAACGUUUGUAUCGACGGUAAGUCUAGUGCCUGGGAUUAAAGGGUCCAUAACCCUUGUACGAAUUAAAUCAGCCUUCGUUCGAGAGGAGAUCGCCAACUGGAAAGUGGACAAAGUGCCAUACAUGCACUCCUUCUCAGUGACGCAGCACUACGCUAUAUUUUUCGCCAGUCCCUUUUACAUCAACGUCUUGAACAUGCUGCGAUACGCCGAGCCAAUUGACAGCCUAGACUGGUUUCCGAAUGAGCAAACGACCGUUUACGUUAUUGAGCUGAAAACGGGAAAGGUGCGAACCAUGAAAGCAGAGAACGUGUUCUGCUGGCACCACAUAAAUGCGUAUGAGAAUGAAGAUGGGGUCAUUGUAUUGGAUUUGGCCUCUCCGGAAAGCCCGGGAUUUGUUAAAAGCUUGGAAAUGGCAGCCUUGAAAGACGUUCACCUGCGGAACAAAAUCAUCAGGCGCUCCACGAUCAAGCGCUACGAAAUCGAUGUCAUGGCGGAGCGGGUGUUUUCUGUCAGGUUCGUCAGCUCUCCGGGAAUGGAGUUUGUCCAGGAAUUAGAAAUGCCGACCAUUAACGAAAACUACCGAUUUCGGAAAUACUGUUACGUGUAUGGGGUUGUGCUGAAGUCGGACCACUUGCACCUGAGUAAUGUCACAGUGGUAAAGAAAGACCUGUGUCGGCCCAACAAGGAUCGGAUGUGGUACGUGCCUUACCACUACCCCGUAGAGGCCUGGUUCGUCCCGACCCCAGGGGGUCACGAGGAAGAUGACGGUAUCCUUAUUACCCCCGUCCUGGACGGUCCCAACCGGAAGUCUUACCUAGCUAUCAUUGACCCGAAAACAAUGACAACAGUCAACUCAGCCACACUGCCAAUAGUUGUACCUUUUACAUUGCAUGGCCGGUUUUUCCAUAAUGUGAUCUAAAAUCUGUAGCUCUCGAUCAGUGGGAAUGGGUGAACUAACGUGGCCGCUAUUUUAUGCAUAAAAGUGCAGUGUAGAACACGCUAACCAAAUAAAUAGACUGAACUGGUGGGAACUGAUUUCAAACCAUUCCAACAUCGACGUUUUACUGCAAAUCUUCCGUUGUACGAUUCCUGAGAAACCAUCGUAAGACAUUCGGAAUGUUGUGUUUGGGCUGAGGCUACAUAUAUACAUAGGCCUAUACUUGCCACGGUGAGGACCUGCCACAGGCAAUUGGUUAAAAUGGUUAUUAAAGCGGUCAGUAUUUCGACACACGACAUGCGACAAUUAGCCUAUGAACAAUAGGCACCAGCGAGAUUCCAGAAAUUUUAUUCUUCGCGAAAUAAGCUGUUACGAUAAAGAUCACCUCAAAUGAUUGAUGAAAGGCUUGGUUUUUAUUUCUUAAUAUACUG